AUGCGUCCUGACAAGCCCCGCGACCCUGUUGCCGGUCCCGAUGCUGGACCCGAAGCUCCGUUCCCCGUGCGCUUAUCCGGGCCCGUCAUCAAAGGCUUUGGGCGAGGGAGUAAAGAGCUCGGUAUUCCCACAGCAAACAUCCCGGCCGAUGAUCUUUCCGAAAAGUACCCAAACCUGGAGACAGGCGUAUACUACGGCGUGGUAGCGCUAGACCCUAAGAGCUACGAGAACCAGAACGACUCGAACGAGAAAGGAUCCCCUACGCUCCUUCCAGCCGUGCUGAGUAUUGGAUACAACCCGUUUUAUAAGAAUACCUUGCGAUCGGUGGAAAUCCACAUCAUGCCCCCCCUGACAUCUCCCUCCCCGACAGCCGUGGCGCAGCCGAAAUUCAACCGUCUGCCUGAUUUCUACGGAACCAAGCUCAAUCUGCUCAUGCUGGGCUACAUCCGGCCUGAAUACGACUACGUGUCCAUGGAUGCGCUGAUCGAGGAUAUCCGGAUAGACUGCGAAGUCGCGCGACAGAGUCUUUUGCGCGAGGCAUAUCAGCGGUACCUGGUCGAUGACGGCAAAGCGACAGAGCAAGUCAGCGCGGACCGGAAGUGGUUGGCUACAUUCUAG